UCACUGACGAAUGAUUGAUUGUUGAAACGUCAAACCACGGAAUUGUUGUGAAUUUUAUUGUUUCACCUUUUUAUUCUUUCUAUAAUAGUUGUUUGCGAUUAAUAUUUCAAGAUGAACAGAAUAUUCGGAAGGGGAAAACCUAAGGAACCUGGUCCAAGUAUUACGGACUGUAUUAGCAAUGUGGAUAGCAGGGCUGAUAAUAUUGAGCAGAAGGUCCAGAAACUGGAAUCUGAGCUCAGGAAAUAUAAGGAUCAGAUGAACAAAAUGAGAGAGGGACCAGCAAAGAAUUCAGUGAAACAAAAGGCAAUGAGGGUGUUAAAGCAGAAGAAAAUGUACGAACAGCAGUUAGAGAACUUGAGAGCGCAAUCUUUCAACAUGGAGCAAGCUAACUACGCCACACAGACACUAAAGGACACACAAGCAACUGUAGCAGCCAUGAAGGACGGAGUCACACAGAUGAAGAAGGAGUUUAAGAAGAUUAAUAUUGAUAGCAUUGAGGAUGUUAACGACGAGUUGGCAGACAUGUUGGAGCAAGCAGACGAGGUCCAGGAAGCGAUGGGUCGCCAGUACGGCAUGCCAGAGAUCGAUGAUGAUGAGCUCGCCGCUGAAUUAGAUGCCCUCGGUGACGAGAUAGCGUUAGACGAUGACGCGUCGUACCUAGACGACGUGGUGAAAGCACCAGCGGCCCCCGACAAGGAGCCGGGCGCCGACAGCGUCCGCAACAAGGACGGGGUCCCAGUGGACGAAUUCGGGCUACCGCAAGUACCCAGUGCCGCGCAAACUUCCCGCUGAUCUGUGACGUCACACGCGGUACAGGUAAAGGCUUUAAAUAUCCUUCAAUUUUGCUUUUAAGUCAACCACCUUUGUUAAUGUAGUGUUUUUUUUUAUUGACGUUUAUUGGCGCGUGUUGCAAGACCUUUUUUUAAGCUGUGGCGGAAAAUAGAUAAACGUUUUGUAGAUAUGUACACCGAAAAUAAAUAUGUUGUUGUAAAAUUCACAUUUAAAAUGCUCUUUUAUGUCUAAAAGAGAAAAAGGAAUCUUUAUAGAAGUUACUUUCUUGUUUAAAUUAAUAUGAAAAAGUUACGCGUUGCCUCGUUAAUUUUACCUCAAUAUUAUAAUUCACGCCUGUACUGCAUCUAACAUAAUAAAUAAAUACGUUAAUUGUAUGUUGUAUUAAACUAAGAGUUUAAAAAACAUUGCGAUUUCACUUUGUAAACACAUAACACUCAUUCGUUUUAAAAUUAUUUAGUUUUACAACUUAAUAUGUAUUAGAAUUUCACAAAAAAUCGAAUUGUAACUAUAGAAGAUUUUAAGUAUUUUAAUUGCACUUUUCAUUGCAAAAAUAUGCAUUUUUUUUUGCAACCACUGUGUUGUAAUAUACAGGUUGAUUCUCUUUCACAGUUUGUUAGAAUAGAAGUGUUUUGCUAUAUUUUUUUAUUUCAAAUGUUCUUGUCAUACAAGGUGAAGUAAUAAAUUGCAUUGUAACGUUGUUUUGUGAUUCAAAUUCUAUUCUUAGUUCGUGUAACAAUAUGUAAAUGUAAUCUAGUGCUUAUAAUUUUUAUAUACUUAAGUUAAAUAUAUUAUUAUCUUUAUAAAA